CAAGCUUUUCCUAACUCGUAAGAGGACAUUAAACAUACCUACACUGAGCAUAUCUCCAAAUCCAGAAGGUGCAAAGCAGAGCAGCAGCCCAGCGAGCAGAUAAACACACUGCUGGCAAGGUCUGCUUCCCCCGCGCUUCGCCAUGGUCCUCUGCGGUGAAGAGGAGUGGAAUUUUCCAGCUGGUUACUCAGAGAGGUACUGCUCAGAGCUCUCUGCUAAUGCUGUACCUUUCUAAGGAGAAAAUCCUGCAUCCUGCCUUUGAUCUUAAAGAAUUAAAGAACAAAGCAACUCAGAAUAAUCCCCAGGAAAUCAGGAGAGUUCUCAGACCAAAAAGACCUGCUGUCCUUCUUGCUUGACAACCAACAUUUGCUCCAGCACACACAGAGCCGUGCCUCAGGGACUGAGUGCCCGUGCUGAUUAUGAGCGAGCAGAGCCACGUGAACAGCCUGUUCCUCAACGAGGAUGCAGCCAAGCGACUCAACGCCGAGAGCCGGGUGCAGCGCUUCCAGCAGGCAGUGCAGAAGCGGGCCGCACGGGCCAAGAAGCGGAUGAACAGCAUCACCGCAGACAGUGCUAAAAGCUUCUUUAGGAGAAAUGCGUUUGUCCUCUGCACCAUUGCAGCAGUCUUACUAGGGAUCAUCCUGGCUUUUUCCCUCCGGCCCUACCAACUGACCUAUCGCCAGAUCAAGUAUUUCUCCUUCCCUGGCGAGCUGCUGAUGCGUAUGCUCCAGAUGCUGGUUCUUCCUCUCAUUGUCUCUAGCUUGAUUACAGGUAUGGCCUCGCUUGAUGGCAGAGCCUCAGGGAAGAUGGGGAUGCGGGCUGUGGUCUACUACAUGGUGACCACCAUCAUAGCAGUCUUCAUUGGCAUCCUCAUGGUGAUCAUCAUCCACCCAGGGAAAGGAUCUAAGGACAAGCUCCACCGAGAAGGCAGAAUUGAGCAGGUGCAGACCACAGAUGCCUUCAUGGACUUGGUGAGGAAUAUGUUCCCGCCCAACCUGGUAGAAGCCUGCUUCAAACAGUACAAGACACAGUACACCACCAGGGUCUUCACCAGAACCGUCCUCCACAGCAGCAAUGUCACAGCAGGUGUCACAACCACUCAGAUCUCUGUGCCUGAGAACUUCACCAGUAUCCUGGAGAACGUCACUCAUGCCCUGGGGACUCUCUCCGAGGUGCUGACCUUUGAAGAAGUCAUUCCCAUCCCGGGCUCAGCCAAUGGGGUGAACGCGCUGGGGCUGGUAGUGUUCUCCAUGUGCUUCGGUUUGGUGAUCGGCAGCAUGAAGCAGAAGGGACGGGCCCUACGGGAGUUCUUUAACUGCCUCAACGAAGCCAUCAUGAGGCUGGUGGCCAUUAUCAUCUGGUACGCCCCAGUUGGGAUCAUGUUUUUAAUUGCCGGCAAAAUCCUGGAGAUGGAUGACUUAGCAGUGAUGGGGGGCCAGCUGGGGAUGUACACGCUCACUGUCAUCGUUGGACUGCUCAUUCAUGCCCUCUGCAUCCUGCCACUGCUCUAUUUCAUCGUCACCCACAGGAACCCCUGGGUAUUCAUUGCAGGGCUUCUGCAGGCCCUCAUCACAGCUCUGGGCACCUCCUCAAGCUCAGCGACUCUGCCCAUCACCUUCAGGUGCUUGGAAGAAAACAAUGGUGUGGACAGGCGCAUCACGAGGUUUGUUCUGCCCGUGGGAGCUACAAUUAACAUGGACGGUACUGCUCUGUAUGAGGCCCUGGCAGCCAUCUUCAUUGCACAAGUGAACAACUAUGAACUUGACUUCGGACAGAUCAUCACAAUAAGCAUCACCGCCACGGCAGCCAGCAUCGGAGCUGCAGGUAUUCCCCAGGCAGGACUGGUGACUAUGGUCAUAGUGUUGACCUCAGUGGGGCUGCCUACUGAAGACAUUACGCUGAUCAUCGCCGUGGACUGGUUUCUGGACCGCCUCAGAACAACCACCAAUGUCCUGGGGGAUUCGCUGGGUGCUGGCAUCGUGGAGCAUCUCUCCCGCCACGAGCUGGACGCACAGGACUGCGAACUUGACUAAACAGGCCCAGUUCUUUCAGUAUACCCUCACAGACUAUUUCUCCAACUUGUCAAGAAAGCAUUGAAUCGUAAUCCUGAAGAGACUUGCUGUGUAUGAAGGGCAAAUGGAUGGCUGAACUGGAAGAAAUGACUGUUGGACUGGACUCCCGUUCAAAUGUGAAUUAAUUCUGGGAAGUUCUGUGGCUUGGAUUAUACAGAGAGUCAAACUAGAUGAUCAUAAGGGUCCCUUCUGGCUUUAUAAUCUACGCACAUCCUUUCUGGUUUAGAGAUAUUGCAAAGGGUCCUUUUAGCUAGAUCAUUUUAAAAAGCUAUCUGAAAGGAUCCUAAUGAUACUUUAAUAAAACUCAUUGGGACUCUAACCUGUUUUCAUAUCACAAAAGGGGCUCUCCAUACCACAUUGCAUCUCAGAUGUUCCCACAGAGCAGCACACUUCAAGCUUUUCCAUUUGUGAUUUCCUGCUUUCAACGUAAUAUUAAAAAUGGAGCACAGAUAAGUAGAGGCCUCAUUUUCAACUGGUGCAAACCACUCUCCCAUGGGGAAUUUCAGAAUUCAGCUCAUAUUUUUUAGCUCUGGCACUUACCCAUGUUGUUAACCAAUUUAUGAUUGACAUUAUGUCCUUCUGUUUACAGUAUCCAAACAGUAAAGUAUUGUCAGAAAUUUGCAUAUAUAUACACAUAUACAUAAACAUAUAGAUACAGAUACAUAUGAAGGUGAGCAGCAUGUGCACAAACACACACAUACAGAGUUAAUUUUUUGUUGCUAGAGCUAUUCCAAGAAUAGGCAAUACUAAACUCACUUUGUAAAGCUGCAUACUCAAUUUUGAUGCCCAACUUGACUAAACCAACUAACCCCAUCCUUAAAAGAACAGACACUAUUUUACCUCAUUUCAAUAAUGAGCCUUCCGAAGCAAGCUCUAUCAGGAAGAAUCAUCCACGCUGAUUUUGAGUUAUACUUGCUGGUGACAUAACUGGAACUUCUCAAUGUGUAGGGAGAAUUCUUCACUUCAUCUUUGAAUUCCCUGGGCAUAUCCCCAGGACCCAUGUCCAUGCUGCGUCUGACUUUGCAAUGAGGCAGGCUUUAAGAUCAAAGCCAAGAAUACAAAAGUGUUUGUACUCUUUCCAAACCCAAGGUUGCCCUUGUUCUAACUCAGCCUUCAAAACUGGAUAGCUGAAAAUAUUAAAUCAUUUUAUCAAUUGUCUUUUCUCGUUGCCAGUUAUUUAAGAGUUUAUGCAAUCUUUUCUUUACUGCAGUCCUGCUGCUUCUACUUGCAGAAAUUUUCUGAGUUAUUCUCCUAUUUGCAAAUAGAUUUAUUCCUACUGAUCAGAUGGGCAAUAUUUGGGAUGAAGCGUAAAUACAUGAGGAGCUUUUUGACCAGGACACAUCUUUUCAAAAAUAAUUUUAAGAGAGAAAAUUCAUGGAGAACAUGGAUUUUCAGGCAAUAGGCAACGUGUCACAUUAAAUAUUUCCAUGGACCUAAACAUGCGAUAUAUGCACAUUGUUUCAGGAGCCACUUCUGCCCAGGAAAUCUGCCCUGAGAUUGUCUGUCCUUCUU